UUUGUUAUUGCUACUCUUAGAAAUUUUAGUUAGAUAUUUCAGUAUGAUGAGUUCCAAAUUUUGAAUUUUUAAUAAUUUAGACUUCCACUAUUUAUUGAUUUAUUUUGAGACUUUGAUUUUAUUCUAUUGUGUUCUCAUAUUCUAGCUAGAACGGGAAGAUAUUGCAUGAGCUAGAAUGUUAAGUGUUGAUUCGAUAAUUGUGAUUAUAAAAUUUAAUAGUUACUUUUCUCGUUGGAGAUAUCCUCCUCCUUUUCUUGUUAUAAUAUGUCAGUAUGACGCCACAAAAGCGUGAGCAAAUAUAAUGGGCAUAAAGUAUAAUUCAGAAUUGACCCCAUAUGUCAUCCACACAGCCUAAUUCAUCUCUCACUCAAAACAAAACAACACUCAAAAAGUGGGCAUUCCAAACCACAAAACCAAAAAGUAAUCUUAAGAAAACAAAAGGGGGGAAUUAUGGGUCCCUUUCACAAUCCAUUACUACCUACUCAGGCCCCAGAUAUACUGAAUGGUGUCUCAUGUUGAUUAUCAAUUAUAAUAAUUGAUUAACUUUUUUUACAUCUAAUGACCUUCUAUAAUCCUCUAGCAACAAUCAUGUUCAACAGCUCACUUAUUCAUUAACAGACCAUUAACUAAAAUAAUGAAGGUAGAGUGUACAAAAAUUUAUUACUAUCUCGUGGAGAUAGAAAAACUAAGUGUGAAAAAUCCAAAUAUAAAGAAUAACAACGAAAAAUAACAAAUCGUAAAAAGAGUGAUAAUUGAAACAUAAUAAAUAACAAAUGAUGACAAGUAAAAUACAACGACUAACACCAGUAAACCUAAAUUUUCAGAAAGCAAGACAAUAUUCCAUUGUCCACUAAAUUCAGUCCACCAUAGGGACCAUAGGAUAUAAUAUCUUCUUUAUUUGAUUCAACUGUCUAAAAUAGCAACAACCUUUUAAAAGCUUUUGCCUUUCAUAAGUAUCAUUUAUUGGUAAAAUGCUAAAGUGCUAACCACAAAACCACUACACUUCAAUGUAAUCCUUUUGUCUCUUAAUUAAUAGUACCUUUUAUGUACUAUUUGAUUCAAUAAGAACAAUACAGAGAGAUGAAUACAAAAACAUUUAAAAAGACUCACUUAAUAGUCAAGUCACUGUUUUAAGGAGUGGGGAGACACUACUAAUAUUGUAACAUUAUAAUCAUACCAAACUUUUUAUUUUCUUUCGUCAUGUUUAAUUUAUACUUUUCUAACAACAACAAUGGCCGGAGCAAAGCCUAUUGAUUCGCCAGUUUGCUAACCUACUUUGUCGGCUACGUGCACUCUGUAAUCAGAAUAGAGCUCUGGACUUAAAACCGCCCGCUUAUAGAAGUCUGGAAGGCGGCGCCUAAACUAGUGAGUGACAUUCCACACAUGAAAAUUUAUGAGCUUUUUUUUCUCAUUUGCUGGUUGGCUCAUGGCUACUGCACCUCUGAUAUUCACAUUGGUUAUCAGGUAAGUCUUGCUAUACCAACAUCAUAUAGCAGAGGAUUUAUAGGCAGGGCUUUUCUUAUGGAAACUGAUCACAACCAAAUUGGACCAAAUUUUAGAGGUGCAAUCAGUGUUGAAGCCAGUAAUGAUAAAUACACAUGUUCACUUGAUGUUUUUCUGGGAGAUGUAAAGGUUUGGAGUUCUGGUCAUUUGUCACAAUUCUACACAAUAGACAAAUGUACACUUCAGCUAACUCAGUAUGGAGACUUAUUGUUGAAAGGGGGUCUAGAUGAUAGAGUUGGAUGGAAAGCUGGAACUUCAGGACAAGGUGUGCAGAGACUGGACUUACUUGGGACAGGUAAUUUGGUGUUAGUUGAUGCUAUGAACUUGAUUAAAUGGCAAAGUUUCAAUUUUCCAACAAAUAUUAUGCUUUGGGGUCAGAGACUAAGCUCAAGAACUCGGUUAACGUCUUUCCCUAGCAACUCUAAUUUGUCAUAUUCUUUUGAGAUUCAGUAUGACAAGAUUGCAUUGUACUUAUCCUCUGAAAAAUUGAAAUACUCGUACUGGGAAUAUACACCUUUGGACUUAGAUGGACUGAAUAUCACGUAUGUUGAGUUAACUUCUAACGCGCUAGAGAUAUUCAACAACGAAAACUAUAGAAUUGGAAGGAUAACAUCAGACAAGACAGAGCCCUUGAGAUUUUUAGCAUUGGGAAAUAGCACAGGGAAUUUGAGAUUUUACUAUUACUCAUAUGACAAAGGAAAGUUUGAAGCUUCAUAUCAAGCAUUAAACACUAGUUGUGAUCUUCCGUUGGCAUGUAAACCUCAUGGUAUUUGUACAUUUUCAGAGAAGUGUUCUUGCAUUAGACUAAUAAAAAGAGGAGAUGGAUUGCUUUCUGAUUGCACUGAAAAUGUAACAGAGGGAAUUUGUGGAAGAAAUGAUUCCCAAAUGCUAGAAUUACAAGGCGUUACGAGUGUAUUAAAAAGCAAUCCUUAUAAGGUUAACGUGACCAAAGAAAUAUGUGCAAAUUUGUGCUUGGAUAACUGUACAUGUGUUGCAGCAUUACAUUUUUCUUUCGAGGAUGAUCCUGCGAAACCUGGAGAAUGCUAUAUGUAUGGACUAGCUAGAGGAGUUAAACAAAUCGAAAGAGAUGGAAGACUGAGUUAUAUGGUAAAGGUACCAAAAGGGACUGAUCAAGGUCAUGAUAAGCACUCGCAUUGGAAGAAAUGGAUUCCGAUUGUUGUAGGAGUGGUUGAUGGAGUUGUAUUGAUACUUGUUUUAGGAGGAGUUGGAUACUAUAUAAUACGAAAGAGAAGAAAGUCGUGCCCAGAUACCGGUCACAGCAAUUGACAUUGUAUAGAUGGAAUUGUUUUCAUGAAAACAUUUUCUACAUGGAGAUAGUCAUUGACCAAUUCUCAUGAACUCGAGUGACAGAUACUAAAAUUGUAACCAAACAGUUAAUUUGUUAACUUGGUUUGGCUUGAUGAAAUGCCUGAGAUUGAGCAGAAUCCGAAGAAAUAGAAGUGUCAAAGGUAUGCAAGCUAUCUUUUCAGGGUUAAAAUGUUGUUACUUCACAAAAGAUUUUUUGAUUCCUGAACUGACAAGUUGAAUAUGUUGAUGUCUAAGGUUGGAGAGAAACGUCUACGAUAUUCUAUACUUCAAAAAUCGAGCAAAGCUUGAGUUACAAAAUGCGCGGCCAAAUGUCCCUACUAUGAAAUAUAUAAGUUGUUUUGCUCAAUUUGUAAGCUAGAUUCUUGCAAUUCUCUUUUGAUUUGUUAUAGCUAGAUAAAGAGAGAUUCAUGCUUCAUCUAAGUUCUUCAUAGCUCAGUGACUAUUCACCUUGAAUGAACAAAAUCUACACUUGUAAUAUCUGGUGUUUAGCAACUAGCAUACCAGUUCUUUCCUUA